UAGUUGGCUUUAAGAUUUAUUUAUUUCACAUUUAAAAUCAACGAUUUUUGUUACGCUAUCCAAUUGUGCCCUUUCUGACCACUGCAGUUCGUUCGAAAACUACUCGGAUAGAGUUAUUUUUCGCUUGUCUGUAUAUCUGCAUCCUGUGUGCUAUUAUUUGAGGUUGGAGCACGGGAGUAGGAAAAAAAUUCAAGCUUUUAUUGGACUUAUUUGAAAUAACGGAUCAAUUAAUAAUAUUUUUGUACGGAAUUUUCGCGCGCGAAGAUCGUAAUAGACUCAAAAACGUUCCAAAAGGCACCAUGUCCAGUUCCCCGGUCACUAGCAAUGUUAACUUCUCUGACGCGACGACUGCAGAGAAAACUAAAUUUACCUCACGAUGUACUGUUCAAAACUGCGCCUGUGCUUGAUCCGCAAAGCGAGUCCGUAGAGCAGGACCAUCCGGAACAGCAAUACUUAAAUUUGAUUCGUCAUAUUCUCAAGAUGGGAACGACAAGAACUGAUCGAACUGGCACUGGGACCAUCUCUGUGUUUGGCUCCCAAAGUCGUUAUUCGCUUAGGGAUGGUACAAUGCCGCUAUUGACAACAAAAAGAGUUUUCUGGAAGGGAAUCGUUGAAGAAUUGCUUUGGUUCUUACGAGGCUCUACCAACGCCAAGGAGCUGUCGGAGAAAGGAGUAAAAAUUUGGGAUGCCAACGGUUCUCGUGAAUUUUUGGACAGCCUUGGUUUUACCGCCAGGGAAGAAGGCGAUUUAGGCCCCGUGUACGGCUUCCAGUGGCGCCAUUUCGGUGCUGAGUACACAAAUAUGCAUGCCGAUUACACGAACCAGGGAGUUGAUCAGAUUGCUCAGAUCAUCAGCACACUAAAGAGCAAUCCAAACGACCGACGUAUUAUUCUAUCGGCAUGGAAUGUCUCGGAUUUGCCAAAGAUGGCGCUUCCGCCCUGUCACUGUCUGGCUCAAUUUUACGUCGCCAAAGGUGAAGUCUCAUGUCAACUGUACCAGCGCAGCGCCGACAUGGGCCUCGGUGUUCCGUUCAAUAUUGCCUCUUACGCUCUGCUUACGCACAUCAUCGCUCGUCUGACUGGAUUGAAAGGGGGCGACUUCGUGCAUACGACAGGUGACACUCAUGUUUAUUUAAAUCAUGUCACACCACUUCAGAAGCAGUUAGAAAGACUACCGCGCCCAUUUCCGAAAAUUGAGAUUGAUUUUCCAGAGGAAACACCGUUUUGGGAGUUGAAAGCAGAACAUUUUAAGUUGAUCGGUUACGAUCCUCACGAUGCGAUAAAGAUGGAUAUGGCUGUAUAAAAAACAUUUUUCCCAUUGACGAAUUUGGUUUAUAAUGUCUUUGUACUCAAUGUGUGGUGUCGGUGCCAAAACCUAUUGUAAACGAAUGCAUUUUUAUCUUCCGCCUACAGCAAAAACGAAAAGAGAGUCGGUCAAGGUACUCGACUACUUCACGUUGGUCUCAGCACCUGCAUACUAGAAGACAAUUUAAUAUUCGCUCAUGGAGGUAUUUUUGCGUUGAAUUCCUUUUUCUUUUAUAAAAAGAGGUUGUGUGAUAUAAACAAAUCAACAUACAGCGUUAUAUGAUACGACUGUUUGCAUUCGUUUGCGCGCCAGUUCGAAAGAUAUUUGCGCUUAAUGAGGCAAAUCAUGCCGAUUAUAGGAGCUCAUCUGAAACUAAUAAUCUCAUUUUACGAUUAGGAUGCAAAAACUAAUCGUCGUAUCGUAUCUGGCCUAUUUAAUCGACCAUGCAUCAUAUAUUGUAUGCAGUGUUGGUGUGGAAGCACUGAAAGUAGCAUAGCUAGCUUUUCCUAGCUAGUGGUUCUAGGUUCGAAUUCGGGUGUAGAGACACUUCGUGCCGCAAUGAUUGCAACAGUAACUCGCUUCUCUUAGUAAACAUUCACGGAAACGCUGCUAACCUGUAUGAAAUAAUUUUAUUUAGAAACGAUUUAAUGAUGUCCAUUGUAAAACGCAUUCAAAGUUUACACACAGGUAGAUGCAAGUUUGGACACAUCGAAAAUCUGAUGAUAAGCACGUGCAAAAUUAACAUUGGAUCCACUUCAAAAGUAAAGUCAUAACCAAUAAAAGUGUAUUGUACAUAGUG